AUGGCUGUUCGAUGCAUCAACACAACAGACAUUCAUGAUGAUAUCGCAAAGCUUCGCCAAGACCAACAUAGUUAUCAAGACGCAGCCGUUCUAUGUGAUGUUUUGACUAGCUUAUUGAGCACCUACUCUGCAGACUACUCCAGCAAUGAUGUCAAUGAAGCUACUUUGGUGAGGGAUACUGUCGAAAACUUUCUCAAGGCUUAUUUCCCCAACACUGCAUUAACAAAAUCUCUUGGUGCUGACAAAAUGAUCAAUGACUCUGCAAAGCGCUUCAAUGAUUUGGAUCCUUCAUUGGCUACCAGUGGCAAACAUGCUGACUUCUCCGUCGUAUCAACCAAAUCCCAGCAUGUAAUCCUAUCACUCGAAGCAAAGUCAAACAGAGCAAAGGACGUGAAUGACUUGGUCAAGCUUUGUAGAGAACUAAAGGAUACUACGGUGGCUAUUGAAGCUGAAGGACGCUCUGGUGCUGUGCUGUGUGGUAUCCUCAUGCGAGGAAAUUGCUGUCAUGUCUAUUCUUUUGAUCAUCAGUUUGAUGGAUUAUAUCGUAGUAUUUUGCUCAAGGUUAUUUACAUGCCUACAAAUUGCUAUGGCAUGCAUCAAGUUCAAUCAAUCAUCCCCUUGUUCCAAAAGUUGGCUGUGAUCGUUAAAUUAUCUGCAUUGAUAAUUCGAAAUCCUCCAUCUUCAGCUCGUAUCUUGGAUAGCAUCCCAUCUAUGCAUACGCCCUCCAUUAUUCAUAUAUCAAAAAGAAAGCUUGAAAAAAACUUCCUGGGUGUUCGUCAUGCACGCCGCAGACUUCUCAAGUAG